UGUGUGAUCGGCUGCAGGGAUACAUAUCGAGAAUGAUAUUGCAAAAGUGAAACAAAAAUUGUGCACCUCAAACCUGAUAUUUGUGCAGCAGGAUUGCACCUUAGAAGGUACCAGAGGACCCCCAAACAAAUAAAGGAUAAGACUUUUGUUCAGCUCUGUGACCCAACAGUUUGGGUAUCUUGCAAAGGACCAUUACUGUGCCUCUUUCUCUUCUUGGAAUUAUGGCUUAUCCAAGGAGUACUGGGUUAAGACUUGCUGUCCAGAGCUGCUGUUUGGGAUUAUUAUUUCUGCUGAAUUGCACAGGAGACAGAAUGGACAGUAAAGAAGCUGGUCCUUCAUGCUAUGGUGGCUUUGACUUGUACUUCGUUUUAGACAAGUCAGGAAGUGUUAAGGAUCACUGGAAUGAAAUCUACUUCUUUGUCGAACAUCUGGCUCACAAAUUCAUAAGCCCCCAGCUCCGCAUGUCAUUUAUUGUGUUCUCCAGGGAUGCAAUGGUUCUGAUGCCAUUGACCGACGAUAGAGAUCAGAUCAGACAUGGCCUUGAGGAGCUUCAGAAAGUCAUUCCUGGAGGAGAUACCUACAUGCAUGAAGGUUUCAUGAAGGCUAGUGAACAAAUAUAUUAUGGAAGUAUAGAAGGUUACAUGACUGCCAGUGUCAUCAUUGCCUUGACAGAUGGAGAAUUACAUGAAGACCUCUUCUAUUAUGCUGAGACAGAGGCUAAUCGGUCACGGAGCCUGGGAGCUACAGUAUAUUGCGUGGGGGUGAAAGAUUUUAAUGAGACACAGCUGGCAAAGAUUGCCGACAGCAAGGACCAUGUGUUCCCGGUAAAUGAUGGCUUUGAAGCCUUGCAGGGAGUCAUAGAUUCGAUAUUAAAAAAGUCAUGCAUAGAAAUUCUGGCUGCUGAGCCAUCAAGCAUCUGUGCUGGAGAGUCAUUCCAAGUAGUCAUUCGAGGGAAUGGAUUUCUCCAUGCACGCAAUGUCGAGAAGGUCCUGUGCAGUUUUCGAAUCAAUGACACUGUCACUCUCAUGGAAAGACCCCUUGUUGUAGAGGACACUUAUUUACUCUGCCCUGCUCCCAUCCUACGAGAAGUUGGCACAGAAGCCUCCCUCCAUGUCAGCAUGAAUGACGGACUCAGCUUCAUCUACAGCUCUGUCAUCAUCUCUACAGUACGCUGUUCUGACGGGACCAUCUUGGCCAUUUCACUCCUCAUCCUUCUUAUUCUGUUGGCCCUGGUGCUGUUAUGGUGGUUCUGGCCUCUCUGCUGUACAGUGGUCAUAAGAGAACCGCCACCACCUACUCCAGACGACAGCGAGGAGGAAGAUGAUGAUGGGCUGCCCAAGAAAAAGUGGCCUACAGUGGAUGCAUCCUACUAUGGAGGCCGAGGUGUUGGAGGCAUCAAGCGGAUGGAGGUGCGGUGGGGUGAGAAAGGAUCAACAGAAGAAGGUGCCAAACUGGAAAAGGCAAAGAAUGCACGAGUGAAGUUGCCAGAACAAGAAUUUGAACUGCCUCCUACUCGAAUUUUGAACAAUGGAAUGCGAAAACCCCUUGAGCCUCGGAAGUGGUAUUCACCAAUCAAGGGAAAGCUGGAUGCUCUGUGGGUGCUUUUGAGAAAAGGAUACGACCGUGUAUCGGUGAUGAGACCACAGCCUGGAGAUGAGGGCCACUGCAUCAACUUCACCCGUGUGACAUCAGCGCACCCCAGAUAUCCCAUCUACAACAACACUUCUACACCAAUCUAUAACCCAACAAAAAACAACUGCCCUCCUGCACCCCAAGGGAGCCUCCCACCUCCACCAAGAAGCCCCCCUACCACACCCACACCCUCGCCUACCUCUACGCUGCCUCCUCUACCUCAGAGAUCACCAUCUCCCCCUUCGACGAUGUUACCACCGGCUCCGCCUACUGCUCUUCCUCCUCUACCGCCUACACCCGAGUGUCUCCCUUAUGCAGUCUACGAAACCCCACCCUCCCCAAUGUGUUCCCUGCCUCCCCCUCCACUUGCUCCUCCCCCUUGUCGAGCCCCACCUCCAGAUCGCCCUCCUCCUCGUCCCUCUCUCUAAACUAAGCAGAAAGCUUUAGAACUUUUUUAGACUGUUGGGAUGGAGACAUCGCCUUUGUGAAAUUCUAGAACCAUUUCUUUUUUUUGUUAAUUUCUUAUGCCUUAAGUAUGAUUACCAAACCACUAUGAUGAAGAAACUGUUUGAUCCUGCAGCAUACCUUAGUCAUAUUGCUGAAGCCAUCUAUUUUGAAAUGGAACUUUGCUCUUCCUUGUCAUGUAAAGCAUUGAAUCUCCAACUCCGUGGACGGAGAGGAGAGUUCACCAUGAGACCUGUCUAGGAAGCGGAAAGGGCUGCAAUGGAGGAAGGGGUGAGAAGGUGGUAGCUCAGAUAUGUGCAACACAUACAUCAUGCUUUGGACUCUGCAGCUCAUUCAGUUGGAAUGCUGGAGAAGAACUGAGCCAGAGAUGAAAAUGGAUGUCCACAGGGCAGGAGUGCUUGCUUCUGGAUAUACAGGUGGCAAAUUGAUUUUCAGGAAAGUAAUGAGCUGGACAGAAUGUAGACUGUAUCCUUUUCCUUUUUGGAUUAAGCCAGUUAAUGUCUGUUCUUACACAUUUUCAACCAACAAAACCAGAAAAGGCUGGCCAUUUUCUAAUUUUGCUGUGUCAUUUUGGAACCCCCUUUGUAUUCUUAUGCCAUGUAAUAAAACUACCCAACAAUGGGCUAUUACACUCCUUCUAGAUGUCACUGACCCCUGAGAAUACAGCUGGACAAUAUGAUGUUCAUCCUCCAUGAAACCUUCUUAAUGGGAAGAGGAGAGAGAUACUGUGACACGGAGAGGAACUGGGCCACUCUGAUUAGAUCACUUGAGCCUGUGCAGAGACCAGCAGUGCUGUCAGAAUGGACAAGGAGGUGUCACCACCACAGUCUUUAACGUGUGGCACAAGCCUCACAGAAAUAUCAUAACAUUCUCAUAAAUGGGACACUGAGCCAUCAUUGGCUCUGGGUGUCCCUUUGUGUCCAUCACCUGUAUUAUGUUACAGAAGCUAAGAUCUGACCACUGUUUGUGGUUGGCUGUAAUUGAAGGGUUUAUUUACAACACCUGCUAGCUCUGCUGCUAUUUUGCUAAAGUCCAGUGUCAGCUAAGAGACGUCAUGGACAACAGACUGUUUUGUCUCAAAAGUUACUCUUUUCCCAUUUCUGUAAUAGAAAUCAAGAACAUUUUAUUUCCUCUAGGGGCCGCUAGCUCCCUCUUAGUUGGAAUACGUUCUUUUGCAAUUGUGGCGCAAUAAAUAACCCGAAACUAUAUAGAUAUAUUAUUAAAAGGCGAUACCUCUCCCAUAGUGAUAUGGCGGUAAGAAAUCACAUAAGAGAAAAUAACUUUGCUUUCUUUAAUGACGCUUUACGUGGCAUUACAGACAAAGGAAGCCAAAUGGCAAGACAAUUACCAAGGUGGGAUCUUGAUAUAUACAGUCUGCCAUUUUUCGUCACUGCGCUGGAUGGAUUCUCAAGACAGAUGACGUUAUCACCCAUCCAUCCGUCGGCUUCGAGGUGUUUGGCUGCUAUCCAAGUCUUUCAUACUGUUUUCUCCACGUGCAGGCCCUUACUUAGGUUCCAAACAAGGCAAGGAGAGGAUUCAAUUUCAUCUCUAACAUACAGAAAUAGUACAAUGCCCAUUUUUGUAGUUGUCCCUUUCAAAUGCUUGACUAGCAGUUCUAAAUGCUGAGAGCUCCUGUGUACUAACUUUGGCCUGUACAUGUGAGUGGAUUUAUAAAUUAUGUUUUAUACAGAGCACAGUGACAUUAAACUUAUAUUCUGAUUACAAACACUGAAUACAAAUCAAAAAAGUUAAAGUUCACUAGAGGUAACAGUUUAGCACUGCUGCCUCCCAGCUCCAAGGGUCUGGGUUCAAAUUAUAACAUUACAACAAUCUUGACAGAAACAGGCCAAUCAGCCCAACAAGAUUUAGUGGAUUUAGUGUCCUGGGCCCUUAUGUAUAAACAGUGCGUAUACACAUGAAUGUUGCAUCUGCCCGUUGCCACUCUCACGUCGAGAUGUAUAAAAACUAAGCUUGUUGUAAUGCCACGCACAUUUUCACAGCAGCCUCAGACCGUGUAUAUACACGUUUUGGCUCGAUUUUGUAAACGUGCACCUUAAAAAAAUGAAUUUACUUAUGUAAAUAGAAAGUAUUUCCA